UGGACUUCGGUGUCAUUUCAUUUUUUAACUACUCGAAUCAAUUCUUUAAAAUGAAAUUCGGUAUCGCCGUUUAUAUUCUGGGUUUCGUGGCUUUUCACGAGGUCUCAUGCGAACCAACUGAACCUUAUUUCUUCCCGGCCUCAAUGUUCGGUAAUUGCACACAAGAACAUUAUCGUAACAUGAACAUUCAAUGGUGUCAUCGGAUCGGAUGCACUCAAACAGAGCAUGGAAUCCGUUUCGCGACACUCUCUUGCCAACUUGGUAACUGUCUCGAUGGAAGAUCUAUUGGAAGCGGACCAUACGAUCUAACAAAAAAAUACCCCCAUUGCUGUCCCCCAGUCGAUUGCGAUUGAACAUGACAAAAUGUGAAAACUCUCGACGUCACGAGCAUAUUUAUCGCAUGAAUAUUGUGAAUGAAUUGAAAAUAAAAUUAUAAUGCUGCACGAAA